CAAUCCAACGGUUGACAUGAUUUGAAUUAUUGAUUUUUAGAAUUAGAAAUGAAGAGAAGAGCAUUGAAAGGAAUUCAAACUAGUCACUUUUUUUCUGUAUUUUUAAGAGAAAAUUAAGUAAUUAUUGAAGAUGAAAGGGAUUAUUGGAGGAUGAACUUUGAGAGUGCAGAUCACAAUAAUUCACAGUAUUGGAUUUAUGAAGAAUUAGAGGAAACUGAAAAAGUGGCAAGUAGAUGGCUCAAAAGUGUCGCGCAGUGAUAGGUGCCAUAGACUUUCUGAAGGGAAGACAUCUCGAUAUUAAUCAAUUGGACGAUGCUAGAACUCGACUAGAAUGUCUAUCUCUAUUUCUGGCAGAACUGGAGGAGGUUUUCCCUGAGAACACAAUAUCCACACAACUAGGGGCCUUAUUUCAACAAGCUCAUGAUGGUUUUUCUGAGAUAUGUAAUCCCAUGACUAAAAGUUACACAAAGGCGCUGAAAAUAAUUAAACUGGAAGCUUCAAAGCCAUCAAUAUCAACUAGAAAAAUGAUAUUAGAGGUGCUGAAAAAACUUAGGCCCUGGGGUAUUUGUAGACGAAUCAGAAAAUCAAAUCCAUCAACAUCAUCUAGACAAAUAAUUACUAUGGAGAUGGUGAGGUUUGUCAAUAUUUUGCUUGAUUAUGUACAGGAUCGUACCCCUGAGUUUUCCAAUUAUCUGCGACCUCUACAAGCUAUCUUCACAUUAACUGCAAGUUGGUGCAUUGAGCAUGAGAAUAUGCGGUAUUUCUUCAUCCAUGUUGAGAAUCUAGCUUAUACUGCACUAGAACUAUGUGUCCUAACGACGCACCCCCAUUAUGUGAACUCUGAGUGGCAGGAAUCGAUGAGUGUUUUCGAUUAUCAUUUUGGGCAGAUAGAUAAGAGCCUCUUGACAGCGUUAAAGUCAUCAAGAUCAGAGACUACAUUGAAGUCUGGAUGUAUGGUUGAUGUUGUUAAUGCUCUACGAGAGGAUCUGGAGGUGCAUCCAAGCCAUGUUAGAAUUCAGUCGCUCGAAGAAGGACUUCUUAACAUUUCUAAAUUUCUUCUCGAAUAUACAGGCACUCAACUCAGAAUAUUCAGUUCUCUUCAGUCACUUAUUGAAGUUCUGGUCUUUGAGGCAGCAUUUCUGAUCAACUCCUAUGAUGAGGAUCUUGUUUUUGUUUUGAAGCCGAGGCUUAGUCAUGUCAAUGUAGUAGUCGAACUGAUUCAACUACGUAACAGUCAAGCAACCAUGACAGAUCUGAUUGACUAUGCUUUGGAAGAGCUGAUAGUCGUGACAACUUUUCUCAUGGAUUCAUUAGAGCAGUGCAAACAGCAACCUAAGAUAACUGAUCUUUUAACUCUUAUCCAAUCUGUGACUAACGAAGCAUGUUCAGCUAUUAAAAAUCUUUUAUGUCAUACAAGACAAGAAGACUUGGUCUGGGAAAUGAAUCGCUCACAUUUUCAAUUGCUUCUUAAGUUCAACUUUAUUAAGGCAGCAAUUAGACAGAUGUGUUCCACCAUUUGUGCUUCAUUAACUGAGAUACAUCUGCUGAACUUUCUUCCUAUUAAUUUUGAGGUCAUUGGUUCUUACUUAAAUUCCUCAAAGAAAUCAGUCUCUGGUCACGACAACAUGGAUUUAGUUAUGAUGGGGUUUCAUGAAUAUAUUAUUGACAAUCUGCUACUGAAGCAUGAAACUGAUUUGUCAUUUCCAUUUGCAGAUGAUGUUAAAAAGUUCUACGAUGGAUUGUUGCUCCUGUUAACAUAUCUUCUUGAUCCUCUAUUUCAGUGCAGUGGAUUUGGAACUUUUGCAAUUGAGGCCGAAUCUGUGAAUAGCAACAAAAGUAGGAAGGGCAAUCUAGUUCUUCAGUUUUUGACUGUGGCUUUCAAGCUUAUCGAAUGUGAGAGAAGCUUUAUGGAUCUAGUAAUGAUUGAAAGUUCUCAUGAAGAACUUAUUUAUCUUAGAGUUCUUCUCAUAGGUGUUCUCAGGCAACACACAAUCCUUAAUGAAUUUCAUAAUGUCUUAAAGCAUGCUGAAGUGACUGCCAACAAGAUGGCACAAAUCAUCAAGGGAAGAAGCAUUGAGGAAACUGGGCAUUUAUUAUCUGAGAUUGAGUCUGUCAAUGUAGAGGUCAGAAAAGUAUGCUUUCAAUUUCUGGAUGCAUCACCUUACAACAUGACAGAUGGGGAAGGCCUUAUUAGAUUCUUAUUACACCAGGACUGGCUGCUCAACUUUGAUGCUUGUUCAAUUCCUUUUCUGAAGAACCAGAUCCCAGUAAUCAAAGACAAACUAUUUUAUUUGGGUUCUUUUAUUGCAGAUAUUGUACAGCAUCGCGAUAUGCAUCAAGAGCUCAAAGAUCUUGUGAAACAUGUUCAAGAUAUAAAGUUUGUCUGUCUCUUUCCCAUCAGGGAUAAUGCACCUUCUUGGUGUUACAGGCUAUAUCUCUCUGAUGUCAAGCAAUUGCUUAAGUUUGUCGAGACAGAGGUCGAAACGAUUUGUCUCAAAGUUCCAGAUUCUUCAAGUCAUAGCUUUCCCAAGAUAAAUGAACUAGGAUCUCUCUAUUGUUUCUUGGGAAAAUUGGAUGAGAUGCUAAGUUCUAAGAUCAAUUCAGUUAUCGACUUAAAACUUCAAAUUGGGUCAGUGAAGAAGGGUUUAUUGUGUCUAAGAACAUUGACUGAUCAUUUCCCAGAAAUCAAUGAUGAGCAUGAUGAAGUUUAUAGUCUUAUAACAAGAGUUACUGCAACGGCAUACGAGGCAGAGUAUGUCAUAGACUCGUGCUUGACCUAUUCUUAUCCACUCUGGUACAAAGUUUGUUGGAUUUCUGAAGCUGUUGAGAAGAUUAAGCUUGUAAAUGAAGUUGUUAGAGAAACAUGUGAAAGAAAGAAGAUAGAUGUGACGGUGCACAAAGUUAAAAAGACCUCAACUUAUCUUGUGCCGUCUUUAUCAGCUAAUACUGAAGGAUCAAAUGAAGAAAUGGAGAGUUUCCAGGAGGCGAUGGACCAAAUGAAGAAGCAGCUACUUGGAGGUUCACGUCAGCUAGAUGUAAUCUCAUUGGUCGGCAUGCCGGGAAUCGGUAAGACUACUCUAGCCGAGAAGAUUUACAAUGAUCCAGUAAUCAUCUCUUGUUUUGAUGUCCGUGCUCAGUGCCGCAUGACUCAAGCAUAUUCAUGGAGAGGUUUGUUGCUCUCCAUUUUGAAUGGUGUGCUUGAGCCUAUUGAUCGCAAUGAAAAGGAAGAUGGCGAAUUAGCUGAUGAGCUGCGUCGAUUCUUGUUGACCAAGAGAUUCUUAAUUCUCAUUGACGAUGUAUGGGAUGAUAAAGUGUGGGACAAUAUACAUAUGUGCUUCAAAGAUGCUCGGAAUGGGAGUAGAAUUAUUCUAACAACACGUCUGAGUAGCGUUGCCAAUUAUGCUAAAUGUGAAAGUGAACCUCAUCAUCUUCGCUUGUUCAGAGAUGAUGAGAGUUGGACAUUAUUACAGCAAGAGCUGUUUCAAGGGAAGAGUUGUCCGCCUGAAAUUGUUGAUGUGGGGUUUCGAAUAGCAAAAAUAUGUGGAGGGUUGCCUCUCUUCAUUGUAUUAGUUGCUGGUGUUCUCAAAGAGAAAAAGCUAAUAAAAGCAGAAUUGUGGAAGGAAAUAGAAGAAAGUCUAUGUUUGCUGAAUAUUGAUAGCUUGGAAGAGAGCAUGUCUAUAAUUGGAUUUAGUUACAGGAAUUUACCACAACAGCUGAAGCCUUGUUUUCUCUAUUUUGGAGGACUUUUAAAGGGGAAGGAUAUUCAUGUCUCAAAAUUGACUUGGUUGUGGGUAGCUGAGGGUUUUGUACAAGCAAAUGAAGAAAAAGGACUAGAAGAUGCUGCAGAAUGUCUCUUGGAAGAUCUUAUUAGUAGAAAUUUAGUCAUGGGCGUGGAGAAGAGACCCAAUGGAAAGCUCAAAACAUGUCGUGUUCAUGAUCUGUUGCAUAAGUUCUGCUUAGAGAAGUCCAAACAGGAGAAUUUCCUUCUUCAUAUCAAUGGAUUCACUGGAGAGGAUUCAUUUCCUGAAAUGUCUAUGGAUUACCGGUUGUUUGUUCAUUCUUCUGAGGAUCAGAUUGAUCUGUGGCAGCCAUCUCGCUCAAAUGUUCGCUCUUUGCUUUUCAAUGUGAUUGAUUCAGAUAACUUGUUAUGGCCGCAUGAUAUCUCUUUCAUCUUUGACAGCUUCAAACUUGUUAAGGUGUUGGAUUUGGAAUCUGUCAACAUUGGUGGUACUUUUCCUAGUGAAAUACAAUUUCUAAUUCAUUUGAAGUAUUUUGCUGCUAAAACUGGUGGAAAUUCAAUUCCUUCAUGUAUAGCUAAUCUUUGGAAUCUCAAAACUUUUGUGAUAAGAGGAUUGGGAGGAGAGGUGAUACUACCUAAUUCACUUCUAAAGAUGGUUAAAAUAAGGAAUAUACAUGUAACUCAUCGUGCUUCAUUUAGUUUGCAUGAGAAUAUUGGUGAAUCACUUGCGGACUCUCAAUUAGAUAAUUUGGAAACCUUUUCCACUCCACAUUUCUCUUACGGUGAAGAUACAGAUAUGAUAUUGAGAAAGAUGCCAAAAUUGAGAAAGCUGAGUUGCAUAUUUUCGGGGACAUUUGGCUAUUCAGAGAAAGUGACGGGAAGGUGUGUUCUCUAUCCCAGAUUAGAGUUUCUAUGUCAGCUUGAAUCCCUUAAGGUUGUCUCCAACAGCUAUCCAGGUAAACUUCCACAUGUCUUCAGUUUUCCCUCAAAACUUAGGGAAUUGACUCUGUCAAAGUUUCGUCUACCAUGGAGCCAAAUCUUGAGUAUUGGAGAACUUCCUAACUUGAAGAUUCUAAGGUUACUUCUCAGAACCUUUGAAGGGGAUGAAUGGGAAGUGAAAAAUUCAGAGUUCCGUGAACUCAAAUACUUAGAAUUGGAGAACCUCAACAUUGCACAGUGGUCUGUCUCCAAGGAUGCUUUCCCAAUUCUUGAACGUUUGGUUUUAACCAAAUGUAAGCGGCUUAAGAAAAUCCCUUCUCAUUUUGACGACGCUGUAUCAUUAAAAAGCAUUGAAGUAAACUGGUGCAGCUGGUAUGUUGCUAAUUCAGCCCAGGAAAUUCAAGUGUUUAAGCAAGAUGAAUUGGCAAAUGAUGUGUUCAAAGUUACAAUACAGCCUCCAGAUUGGGAUAGAAAUUCAUCUCCUUGACUCGUUAUCUGGCUAGAAAACAGAAGAUGGAGGAAGACCUCAGCUAGGUGGAUUUUCUGUUGAAGGAUCUUCAGCAAUAAGUGAAGUUUUCGAAUAAAUUUCAACUUAGUGAUUUGUGUAACUUGUAAUGAAUUUAUGAGCAAGAGCUCACGUCCUUACUCUAAACUAUUGGGAAUGUGAAAUUAUUGUUAUCAGUGUGCUACAUUCUUUUUAGAUCUGUAUCUUGAAAAAUUGUCGUUAUCAGUGUACUAAAUUUCUUGAACUUGUAGAAUUGUGGGAUUUACUAUGCAUAAUCCUUAUU